AAUAACUUUCUACCAGAACCAGAAAAUAUUAUUGAAAAUGGAUGUUUGGAAGAUGAUUAUAAGUGGCAUCAAACUGGUCUUACGGAUAAUAAGAUGAAUGAAGAUAAAGAUCUUGUUAAUUCACUUCAGCCUAUUAAAUUAUGUGAAUCGGAAUCAUCAGCAUCUGAUAACACUCUUCAUACAAUUGAUUUUCGAUAUUUACCUCGCUUCCGUAUUUCUAAUAUAUUUACGCCUAUUCUACAAAAAUCUAAGAAAAAUAAAGUAGCUAAUAAUAUUGAAUCUCAACCAGCCAUUGUUAAUCUAUAUGUGACAAAACGUCAUGGACGGCCACUUAAACAAUUCAAGA